UCUCCCACUCCCAGGUGUCUUCUCAGCGGCAGGACGUGCUGACGGAGAACGUGACCCGGGUGUCUCUGGGCGAGGCGUCCCCUCAGGGUGACCUGCUGGAGAACAUCUGGAAGCUGGAGAACCUCUUCCAGAACCACAGCGACUGGCUGCAGAGGCUGGAGAUCCUCAUCAAGAGUCUGGAGCUGGAGCUGAGGAGCGUCCAGGCCAACUCCCUGCAGGCGGAGGGCUACCUGGUGCAGUUGGACGACAGGUUGUCCUCCCUGAGCAGCUCCACCGGCAGGAACCUGACGGGCCUGACGGCGGAGGUGUCCCGGGCCUCCACCUGGCUCCACGACCAGGACCUGCUGUUCAGGGAAACGUCGGGACAGGUGAGCCGGCUGAGAGAGAAACUGGACGACGUCAGCUGGACGGUGGGAGCAGUCAAUCACACCUUCAGCAAUGACAUCAGCAUUCACCACCUGAAGAUCCAAGACUUACAGAUCCAGAUCAGCAACAUCACAGAGGACACCAGCAGCUUGUGGGUGACCCACGUCCACACGGAGGCCCAGCUGAGGAACGAGAUGGAGAUCCUCAACACAAUCACAGAGGACCUCCGGCUGAAGGACUGGGAGCACUCGCUGGCCCUGAAGAACCUCACCGUAUUCGAAGGUCCACCCGGGCCAAAGGGAGCAAAGGGAGAUACUGGACCACUUGGGCCCCCCGGGAUUCCUGGGUUGACAGGAUUGAGAGGGCUUGCAGGAGAAAAAGGGAUCCAGGGUAACCGGGGUAUUAAGGGGUCCGUCGGGGUCAGCGGGUUCCAGGGAGACAAAGGAGACGUUGGCCCUGCUGGUCCCAGAGGUGACAGGGGAGAACGAGGGUUGAAGGGGGAGAAGGGCGAUCGAGGAGACCAAGGAGAAAAAACUG